AUGGAGAAUCAAGGAGCCGCUGCUCCAACUCUGGAGUAUGAUCGCAAAGCAGUUGAGGAAGGAGACUACUUCGAUCUUGGCUCGCAUGGGCGCAAGGUCACAACACAAAGUGCCGACGCUCAGAUGUGGUUUGAUCGAGGACUCGUGUGGUCUUAUGGCUUCAAUCACGAGGAGGCAGCUCGUUGCUUCGAAAGGGCCAACAGAGCAGACCCGUAUUGCUGUAUGGCUCUCUGGGGAAUCGCUUACGCAUUGGGACCGAACUACAAUAAGCCCUGGGAGUUUUUCGAUGACGAGGAGCGAGAGACCAACUUGCAAAGGUCAAGAUCAGCUCUUCUCGCCGCAGAACAAAACGCGAAGCUAGGCUUUGCUACAUCGGUAGAGGCUGCACUGAUCGAAGCUGCAGAAUUCAGAUACCCUACGGGUCAUGACAGCAAGGAGUACAGCAGCUGGAACAAAGGCUACGCUCAAGCCAUGGAGAACGUAUACAACAGGUUCCCUGGCGACCUCGACGUGGCAACACUCUACGCUGAUUCUUUGAUGAACCUUACCCCUUGGGCUCUGUGGGACUUGCGAACUGGCGAACCAAUGCCUGACUCUCGGACGCUGGAUGCGAAGACGGUGCUUGAUCGUGCCAUUGCACAACCUGGCGGGAGCGAGCAUCCUGGAUUACUCCAUCUAUACAUCCACCUCAUGGAGAUGUCAUCAGAUCCGGGAGCUGCAUUGCCUGUAGCAAAUCGCUUGCGAGGGCUGGUUCCUGAUGCUGGUCAUCUUAACCACAUGCCCACCCAUCUAGAUGUGCUCUGUGGCGAGUGGCAAGACGCUAUAACAUCGAACACAGAAGCCAUUGAUGCUGAUGAGAAAUAUCUCAGCAAAGCUGGUGCGCUGAACUUCUACUCGCUGUAUCGAUCGCACAAUUAUCACUUCCGGAUUUAUGCUGCGAUGUUCGCUGGCCAAUUCCAGGUUGCACUAGAUACUGUUGCGCUCGUGGAGGCCUCCUUGCCAGAUGAGCUGCUGCGUAUUGAAUCUCCACCUAUGGCAGACUGGUUGGAGAGCUUUCUUUCCAUGCGCGUGCAUGUGCUCGUGCGAUUCGGCAAGUGGGAUGACGUGCUGGCCCUUCGUAUACCUGAAGACCAGAACCUGUACUGUAUGACAACAGCAAUGCUUCAUUAUGGCAAGGCGAUCGCCUGGGCGGCGAAGGGCAACGUAGACGAGGCUGAGCGCGAACAGACAUUGUUCCGUGAGGCGCAAGCCAGAGUUGCUGACUCCCGGACACUGUUCAACAACACAGCAAAGGACAUUUUGAAGAUCGGAGCGACCAUGCUAGAUGGCGAGCUUGAGUAUCGCAGAGAGAAUUUCGGACUGGCUUUUGGCGCUCUUGGUAAGGCAGUGGACUUGAGUGAUAAUCUACCGUAUGACGAGCCUUGGGGAUGGAUGCAGCCGCCUCGCCACGCGCUGGGAGCUCUGCUGUUGGAGCAAGACCACGUUGAAGACGCUGCUGCGGUGUAUCAAGCGGAUCUAGGUCUCGACAAUACUCUGCCGCGGGCACUGCAACAUCCCAAGAAUGUGUGGGCACUGCACGGCUAUCAUGAAUGCCUUGAACGCUUGGGUCGGCACGAAGAAGCAGAGAAGAUCACAAAGCAGCUUGAAGAGACACAGUCCAGGGCGGACGUAUCAGUCACGUCUUCAUGCUUCUGCCGAUUGAACACUGCAGCAUAG